AUGUCUAAGGUGGAAGCACCGGUGACUGAUCUCGGGCCGCUACUCUACUGUAGCGCCGCCGGAGAUCCUGACAUAACUAUCCUUACCGACGCUCUGGUGACAUAUGAAGGGCAUGUGUUCUGGCAACCUCCAGCGAUCUACAAAUCCUUUUGUCCAAUCGACGUGACAUGGUUCCCUUAUGAUUCGCAAAAAUGUGAAAUGAAAUUUGGUACAUGGACGUACACCGGCCGUUACGUCGAUUUGAAGCAACUACCCAAAGAAGGCGUCGUAACCAUGCGAAUGGACGGAAACGAUGUAGAGUAUAUGCAACGUGGAAUGGAUCUCAGUUUUUUCUAUAGAUCUGCUGAAUGGGAUUUACUAUCGCUGAGUUCAGAGCGGCAUUCUGUGUUAUAUGCGUCAUGUUGUGGUCCCGAGAAAUACGUUGAUAUAACAUAUUAUUUUGGUUUAAGGAGGAAAACUCUAUUUUUCACGUGCAAUCUUAUCAUUCCAUGCUUUCUCAUUUCUAUUCUUACUACCUUCGUCUUUUAUCUUUCUGAUCAUAAAAUAACAUUCUCCAUCAGCAUACUUGUCACAUUGACUGUGUUUUUCUUGGUGCUCAUCGAUCUGAUGCCUCCAACAUCACUUGUUAUUCCUAUGUUUGGUCGAUAUCUCAUUACAACUAUGAUACUUGUAGCUCUUUCUACCGUGGUUUCUGUAGUUACAGUCAAUUUUCGAUUUCGAUCCGGCUCGGCACAUAAAAUGUCACCGUGGAUUCGGGCUAUUUUUCUUAACUUUCUACCAAAGGUUCUUUUCAUGUCUCGUCCUCUGAGGAAAGAUUCACCAUCGUCAGCAUUGGCUGACAGCUUCUCCUUGACUGGGAGAGAUUUUCGUAAAGAAUCAAAGAAUUCCACUCGGACUCAAAACAUCAAUUCAAGACUGACGAUCCCACCAUAUCCACGUCAUCUGGGGGAGAAACGAACUUUUCAGGGCGUAUUAAACAACGCUCUUGAUUUUAAAAGGAGUGAAGACGAAGGACGAAUUAGAAGCUCCACGAAGCCGUUUGCCUGGGAUCGCCCUACUAUUGCGGCCCCUACAGUGGCAUUUCGAAAAACAAGAAAAACUAAAGGACAUGAUGAUAUCAUAUUUAUAAAUCUAUUGCAACAAGUACGUUUUAUUGCGGAGCAUUUCCAACAUAACGAAAAGGAAAGUGAGAUUUCUGACGACUGGACCUUUGUUGCGAUGGUAUUAGACCGACUCUUCUUGAUUAUAUUCUCUGUCCUCAACGUGGGAACGAUGUUUAUUAUAUUAGAAGCACCGUCGCUUUAUGACUAUUCUGAAGCAAUGAACAUUACCCUCCCUACCAAGCCUCUUGGACAAGCUAAUCUGUACAGCAGUCAUUCUCAGAAAUUAUAA